AUGCUGCUGUACAACCCAACGUCCAAACGAUGCCGCAUGUACAAGUCGUUCGUCAACACAGGAGGAACAGAGGACACGGGCUGGCAGUACUAUGCAGCUGAAUGCAGCCAGGUUCGCUUGGAGAAUGCCUUGACGCUGUCAGUUGUAAACCAGACUGUGGACGUUGCCUGUCGAAGUGGGUUCACCUACCUGCUGUCUCCUCCAUUACCCUGCCCUCUUGGCACUGAAGUCCUUGACAUAGGAAAGUGUGCUCAGACACUUUGGACUGAUCAGGCGAAUCCAUUUUUUGCUGAUCUGCCUGGACCGUUAUCCACUGGGGCGGAGAUAAGAGUGAGAGGUUCUGGUGAUGGAGGGAGCAAUACAGAUAUUCACGUACGAGGGACUGAGGCUGGAAACACUGUGUUCCUUCUGUCCAUCCGCUGGUCAAGACCUGACGCAAUCUUCAACACGCAAUCGUCUGGCUCCUGGGGGUCUGAACUUGGGCCAUCCGGCUUCAUCUUUUCUCCAAACGUGGUGUUUGAUGUCCUCGUGCGAAUAACAACAACCCAGUUCCUGAUUUUCAUCGAUGGCAACAACUUCUAUGAAGCCCCAAUACGGAUUUCUGUGCAGGAGGCCGCGAAACUUUACAUCAAAUUCAGCCGCCUUGAGUCUGUGGAAGUGAAGUACCCGUGACAUCAUUUGUUUUCUUGAUUAUAUUUUGCCAUUGCAUUACCCAGACUGUUAAAUCUGAUAUGGUGUGUUCUGUACUCGCCUACAUACAGCGUGUUCAGCUUGACCUGAGCUACUCUACAUAUGCAUGACCCAGGAGGUCAAAUGGCAUAAACGGCAGGUGGAGUUAACCUCAUUAAAUAGGGGAGCAGAGAAUGUUAAACGGCGACCUUGUCUCGGCUGUUCGAACAUGUUGACAAUCAACUGACAGAGGUGCAACCCUUCACAAUAAUAGACCCAACCAGUUGUGACACGGUCACGUAACGCAUUAGUAUUCACUUGAUCAGGUCAAGCUGAACAAGCUGUACCAAUUCGCCUUCUGUCUUAGAACAUUUUAUGGUCUGUUAACUGUUGAUUACGCAAUGAUGAACUUGUGUCACUCCUAUGAUGUAAAAGUGGACUCUCCUAGUUGAGUGAGUGAGUGAGUGAAUUAUAAUUUAAAGUCACAUCGGCAGUAUUUCAGCCAUAUCGUGACUAAGAAAGUUAUAAAUUUAUAAACGAAU